AAUAAAGUAACCUACAGUGGUGUGAUAUUUCCAUUUUCCUCCUCAGCUUACAAGAGAAGAUGAAGGAGAUCUCAGUUCUCUCACUCAUCUGCUCUUGUCUGUAUCCUGAGACCCGCAAAAACAUCAUGGGCGACUUUGAAGACAUGGACAUUAAGCCCAUUAACAAGCGUGCCUCAGGCCAGGCCUUUGAGGUCAUCCUGAAGCCGUCCUCCCCCGUGUCUGAUGUGGCCCACUGCAUCACCAGCCCCCCAAAGAGGGACAUUUCCCUGGAGGACAUCCAGAAGAAACUGGAGGCAGCUGAAGACCGAAGGAGAUCCCAGGAGGCCCAGAUACUGCAGACUCUGGCUGAGAAACGAGAGCACGAGCGCGACGUGCUGCUGAAGGCCAUGGAGGAGAACAGCAACUUCAGCCGCAUGGCCGAGGAGAAGCUCCAGAUGAAGAUGGAGCAGAUUGAGGAGAACCGGCUGGCCUACCUGGCUGCCCUGAUGGACCGCCUGCAGGAGAAGGAGAAGCAUGCCCAGGAGGUGCGCAGGAACAAGGAGUUGAGAGAAGAAGUGACAGCGUGAGAAGCCCCAGCAGGUUCUACUACGUCCCACCUCCUCACCCUCUACCACCACCCCCAACCCUGAGGAACACCCUCUCCUCCUCCUCCUCCUCCUUUCCCACUUUAUUCCACAUUCCCCCCCUCUCCACCUCCCCCCCAACCUCUGCCAUACUCCCCCCACCUCCCAUACUACUACUACUACUACUACGAAACAACCACAGCCUGAGACGCCGCCCUGAAGACAGCGGGAGGUUCGAAACGGGGUUGGGGGUGGAAAUGAUAAUCUCCAAAAUGAUUGGGAUAAAAAAUGAAAAAUUUAUGUCUCCUGCCCAUUCUUCCCAGAAAAAAAAAAAGAGAAUGUUUUUGCUCUGUUUCAAAUGAGAAGAAAAGAAAACAUGAAAUUGACAAGUGACAGUGGUUUUUGUAAAUACUUCUUUUUUUUGUUAUAUACAAUACGAUACAAGCAGCAGAAGUAUUGAUUGCAGUGUGCCAUUUUUAUAUAUGAGUUUCCUCUCCCUGCAUAUAUAUGGAUGUAAUAUUCUCUUCAUUUUCAUGUUUGAUUUUUGUUUGGUUCAUUUCAGCCUGAGAAUGUUUUAUUUUUUAGGUUUCUCUUGUGUGGUAACAGGCUUAGGUGUUUGUUGUGAGUUUGCCAGCUAGCUGAUGUUUUGCUGCGACCGGUUUCGUCCUCACAAGGCUCCUGGCUCCGUUCCUUCCUUCCCCUUCAAAUGGGCACUCUGACCCAGAAGAUCCUUGAAAGCAAAAAAAAAAAAAAAAAAAUUGGAUCGGGUCGGGGUGAUUUUCCAUCUAGUUUAUGCCAGUGUUCCAAUUAGCGAGGGACAUGUGCAGGGAAGUUGGCACGAGGGAAAAAAGGGAGCGGUUUGCUUUUCUGUGGGGACUGCAAGCCUGUCGCCGCACAUCCACUCCUGUGAGGUAGGUAGUGACUGUACCACAGGAGAACACUAUAGCAUUUAAUGAGCCCAUCCUCAUCCUCCUCCCCUCCGUCUGCAAACUCUUCAUCUCUCCACAUACUGUAUAAGCACUCACUCACACGCUCUCCACACAGGCGAUCUCUAGCACAGAGCUCAGGAGGAGUAAAGUCUGUCCAUCUGGCACCGGAUAAAAGCCCACGUAACAUCUCCGACAAAUGGCGGGCCUCCUGUAUUCCUCGGCUCCCAGUUCCAUUUCAGUCACUGUAGUGUGCAACACAACUGGGGUUAAAGUGCGUCCUCAGACUGCUGGAGUGCAAAAGAAAAACAACAGAAAAAAAAAAAAAACUUCACUUGCUACUGUGAAUCUUACAUCGGAGAAAAAGCAAAUAAAUCCCGGCUUUCUCCGUUCCACGAAGGCUAGAGUAGUGCUCGGCAUCGUCAUCGCACUUCACUCCAAGACACUGUAAAUGCCACUGCGAGGUCGGCACAAGAACGAUUUUAAAGCCAUAACAGGUAUCACUGCAACAAUGACCCAUCACCACAGUAUUUCCAUCUGUAAAGGUGUACAUGAGUGUAUUAAAGUAUCCGAAUAGUUUGUAACCCGGGGUGUUGAAGCCUGAGGUUGAACCCUGUUGGUCACGCACGCACAGUUGGCCUAUAGAUGUGUGUGAGUGUGUGUGUGUGAGUGUGUGUGUAUUUCCGAAAGGGCGGGUAGAUAACCCAGACAUUUGUGCCAUGUGAUAUUGAUCCGGUUAAAUAUAAAGCAACACCGUUACAGUGUGUAACAGCUGUCAGACGUUCCACACAGACAGUGACGAUCCUACCUGCCUCUCUCUCGCUCUUCUCUUUCCUCUCUCCAUUUGUGUGUUUCCCCCUCUCCACAUAUAUCUUUGUGAGCAAGCAGUGGUUAAUAAAGAUUUGGGGUUCAGUGAAUGAAA